GGAGCUGGACGACCAGGUCCAGGCCAAUCUCCCUGAUGAGGUGCGUGCCCCGCCCUGCCAGGCCCAGCCCCCUCGCUCCCUCCACCCUGGGGAUGUGGGUGUCCUGUCCCCCGAGCACCUGCAGGUGCUGGAAGCCCACUGGGUUGAGCUGUCGGAAUUGGUUUUUCUUGCAGACAAAGACCUGCGGACCAAGGGCUUCAGCCUGGAGUCCUGCCGCAGCAUGGUGAACCUGAUGGACCGCGACGGCAACGGGAAGCUGGGCCUGGUGGAGUUCAACGUUCUAUGGAACCGCAUCCGGAACUACCUGUCCAUCUUCCGGCAGUUCGACCUGGACAAGUCGGGCAGCAUGAGUGCCUACGAGAUACGCAUGGCCAUCGAGUCUGCAGGCUUCAAGCUCAGCAAGAAGCUGUACGAGCUCAUCAUCACCCGCUACUCAGAGCCCGACCUGGCGGUCGACUUCGACAAUUUCGUGUGUUGCUUGGUGCGGUUGGAGACCAUGUUCCGAUUUUUCAAAACUCUGGACACAGAUCUGGAUGGAGUCGUGACCUUCGACUUGUUUAAGUGGCUUCAGCUGACUCUGUUUGCUUGAGGCGGGCGUCACGGCUCCUCCCCGAGCUCCUCCCCUUUCUCAUCUGCCAAUCCACGCCUCCCACCAAGCCCCCCCAGGCCAUGCCAUCUGCAAGUGCCUUCCUUGGACGGGAGGCCUCUUGUCCUCCUGUCCCCUUGCCUCCAAGCCGCCGCUGUUCAUCCACU